AUGCCACAGGAGUUGAAUCCAGCCUUCGUUUCAGACAAGAGUGAACCAUGGAAGGCCAUCUUACCUUUAAGGCAACGACGUGACGCAAACAUAAUCAGCGAGGUAGAAACACCAUCGACGAUGGCAACAAUAAAGUCAUACAGCCGCAUAAUCACGUGUAUUGUAUUGGCAUUUUCGGCUCUUGUUGAAAUAACUGUAUAUCUAAUUGAAACAUAUGCCAGCUGA